CUUCUGCCCCUGCUGGCAAUCUCAGGUCACACCCUACUGGGCAGAGGAGGCAAAGCCACAGGGCGCAGGUGACCUGGGAGACCUGGGAAGAAAGCCGAGCAGAGGCAUGUGGCUGUGAAGGAAGGGCAUUGCAGGAGGCUGAGGCGGGAACACUAGCCCCUGCAGACUCCCCUGCGUGGAGGUGAGCCCCAGGAUGAGGCUGCUCAGGCUGCUGAUUGUCCUGGCCCCCUGGGGAGUGGCCCGGCUCGAUCCAGAUCCAGGAAAGUUCUGGCACAUCUCUGAUUUGCACCUGGACCCCGACUACAAGGAAUCUGAAGACCCUCUCCAGGUGUGUCCUUCAGCCGGCUCCCAGCCUGUGCCCAACGCGGGCCCUUGGGGCGACUACCUCUGUGAUUCGCCCUGGGCUCUUAUCAACUCGUCCAUCUACGCGAUGAAGCAGAUCCUGCCGGAGCCCGACUUCAUUCUCUGGACCGGGGACGACACGCCUCACGUGGCCAACGAGAAGCUGGGAGAGGAGGCUGUGCUGGGAAUUGUGGCACGCCUGACCAAGCUCAUCAGAGAAGUCUUUCCAGAUACUAAGGUCUAUGCUGCUUUGGGAAAUCAUGACUUUCACCCCAAAAACCAACUUCCAGCUGGAAGCAACAGUAUCUAUAACCAGGUGGCUGAACUGUGGAGACCCUGGCUCAGUAAUGACUCCGUUGCGCUCUUCAAACAAGGUGCCUUCUACUCUGAGAAGCUGCCGGGUCCGAGCAGGGCUGGGCGCAUCGUGGUCCUCAACACCAAUCUGUACUACAGCAACAACGAGCGGACAGCCGGCAUGGCCGACCCGGGCCAGCAGUUCCAGUGGCUGGAAGAUGUGCUGACCAAUGCUUCCCGGGCCGGGGAGAUGGGCCUCCGGCAGGGGCUGUUGGUGUGGCGGCAGGAGGUGCCCACCGAGUUUGACCUGGCCUACGCCGACUUCCUCUCCAUGGACAUCAGCAUGCUGCGGCUCUUUGAGACCUUCCUGGAGACGACGCCACAGCUGACGCUGGUCCUAGCCAUCGUGCUGCAGAGCGGCCGGGCCGAGUGUUACCAGUGUGAGUGGUGGGCCAGCAGCCAGGGCCCGGCCGGGCUGGGGAGAGACCAUGCUUGA